AUUCUUCUCUUUCCUUAUCCAACACGGUCUUGUUUCGUCGCGUCUUUAUAAAAACUAAAACUCCUAUAUAAACAAAAAAAAACCAAACCUUUUUUUUUUUCUUAUUCAAUUGUUGUUCUUUUCACACAAAAAAACCAUCAAAGAUCUUUUCUUUUUUUUUUUCUUCAAUUCUUGUGACAAUAAUGAAUUCGAUGUUUAGUGCCUUUGACGCCAUGUGUGCAGAGAUUAUGGGAAAGAAAGUCACCGCUGCUUCUUAUGUCUACCGCUCUGAACGCAAUUCUGCUUCUUCUUCCGGCGGUGGUCAAAACGCGUCUUUGUCGCUCAAGAAUGAUGAAAAAGCUUCCAAGAACAUGGAUUUACCGACGAAGACACCGAGGUUUGCUCUUGAGCUUGAUGGACUUAAUUGCUUCGAGACUAUAGUUCGUUCUUGAUCAAUAUCAAGAUUACGAAUUUUUGCUGAGUUUUUUCUUUUGUUUUUUCUUGUUUUGAUUCCUUUUAUGUAAAUACAAUUUUGGAAAAUUCAAUUUUCUUGAUUACAAUCAUCAUCAUUAUGUGAUUGUUUAAUUUCGAAUUACUCGUGUUCUGCUUUAUAAAUUCAUGAAUUUGUAUAUAUAAUAUAAAGAAAAAGAAAAGAAUUUUUGUUUCUGUU